AUGAGCAAGGAGAAAGACGGAUAUUCUGUGAUCAUUUCGACGAAAAAUAUCGGGUAAGUCAGUUCAAGAUAUAUUUUUUCUUAUUUCAUUAACCAAGUCAUGUUUUUUUUUAAUUCGAUUCUGAACUAAAGCUUCCGGUUAAUCGGAAUUUUGAAAGGAAUUUGUACGCCAAUAAAAAAAAAAAGAAAACUUGAAAAAAAUAAAUACUUUCAGGGAAAGUACCAUUGGCGUUUCAAUGGUUCCUCAGUACUUCCGGAAAGAACGCAAAUUCACAAGGAUCAGUUCGUGUGAGUUUAUUAUUUGAUUAAUUAAUCCUCACUUGUAGUUCGUUCAAAUCCAGCUUGUCGGGUCUCGGAAUUUCCCUCUGAAAAACAACAGGUUCUUUUUGAAAUAUCGAGGCUGGCUUCCAAGGCUUGACAAGCUGGAUUUGAACCAACUACUUCAUUCAGGGCUGAAUUUUGAAAAUUUUGAAGGUUUCUAUCUGAAGCGAACGCGGUGCGAAACUCGUUUCAAGGCGAAUAUGUCUGCUGUGUUCGGGAGUCUCUGGGUAACGCCUGUUAUACAAGAACUCUAA